AAGGAGUUCUCUUUGUGAGAGUUCCGGGGGCAUGUUGACGCCUCCGGUGGAGAGUGGGAUCUUGCAUGGCGAGGAUGCGGUUGAGAAGGCCGCGCAAGCAGCGGCUGCCUGCAGGGAGAAGGGCGAUGUCGUAGGCGAGGCUACCUCCCUGCUUCGCAAAUCUGCGGCGCUGCAGGGCGAUGACAUGGCGGCACUUCAGGCGGCCUACCAUGCGCUGAAGCUCUUUCGGGAGCUGGGGCACCAUGCUGGCCAGGCGCAGGCACUCCAUGCUAUGGCCAAGGCGCAGUUGGCCCGGCGGAAUGUGGACGAGGCCCUGAAUCGUGCUGCGGAGGCUUUAAGGCUGCUGCGGCAACUGGGUGACCGCAACCAAGAGGUCCAGGUGGUUUGCACUGCCACAGAGGCGGCGCUCAUGCAAGGCGCAGGGCGCCAGGCUUUGGCUUUCUCCCUGGAAGCCCUCACCACCGCCCGCAAGCUCACGGACCGGCCUUUGGAGGCGCAGGUCUCUUGCUGGGUGGCCCGGGCCCGUGUGGCCUGUGGUGAGACAGAGGGAGCGGCUGCUGCAGCGCAGGAGGCGCUCGCCAUCUACGAGGAGCUCGGACUCAACGCGAUGAAGCUGCAAGCUUUGGAAGCUUUGGCUGCGGCUUGUAAGGCCAGGAGGAACCCAUCCGACGCUGUGAGCUGCGCAAAGCGCUUAUCAGCAGCCUUUGCCCAAGAAGGGCUGGCGGAGGAGGAAGGGCAGUGCUCUUACAUCCUUGCUUCCAUCCACCACGAGCUGCAAGAUCUUGAAGCAGCUCUGCCUGCUGCAGAGGAGGCACUUCGUUGCUUCGAAGCGGCCAAUCGGACCUCGAGUCAGGCCAAAGCUCAGAGCCUUUUGGCGACACUUCGCCUGGAGAGCAAAGACUUCCAGGAAGCUCUAGAGGGAGCACGCCGUGCAGCACUGCUGUGCAGUUCUGGGAGAGUUGGCCGCGAAAUUCUGUUGACUUGCAUCAACACCCAGGCGCUUGCACUGGCGCAGCUGGGCAGCUUUGCUGAGGCUUUGCAGUUUCUUGAGGAGCAGCUACGUCAAUUUCGCUCUGCAAAAGAUAAGCAAGGAGAAGGGCGUGCGCUUUUCAUGAUGGCCCAGCUGCUGCAAGCCAAAGGCUCUGAGGAGGCCCUGGGCCGCUUGGCACUUGCAGCGCCUUUGCUCUUGGAGAGCAGGGACCGCCAGUGCGAGGCUCAGGCCUGGCAGCUGAGCGCCAGGAUCCACUUGGAAAAGAAUGACCUGAAGAAGGCGCUGCCGGCGGCGGAGAUGAGCCUCGCAGCCUUCCGUCAGGUCGGCGACCGCCGGGGCCGAGCCCAGGUGGCGGCGCUGCUGGCGGAGAUCCAGUUCUCCUUGUGUGGCCUGGAGCAGGGUGGCGGCAGCCUGGAAGAAGCAUUGCGUGCCGCUAAGGAGUCCGUUUCUCUAUUCCAAGAUGUCAAGGACAGGAGUGUGGAGCUGGGCUACAGUUUGCACUGUCUGGCCAACAUCAACCUGGCCUUGCAUGACUGGGACGCUGCUUUGCGCUCUGCAGAGGAGGCGCUGGAUCUCUUCCAAUCGCUUCACCUGCCACUCCUGGAGACCACGGCGCUGCUUUUGCAGUCCGGAGCCUUUCUGGGAGCAAAGGACUUCGAGCGCAGCAGGCAAAAAGCCAUGGAGGCCUUGGAGAUUUACAAAUCGGCGGGCGCUAUGAAAGGUGCUGAGUCUGUGGACGAAUGGCUUCGGAAUUUGGAGCGCUAUGCCACGGGCGAGCUGAAUUUGAAGACAUUUCAUGGGUUUUCAAUGCGCCGGAAGUACACUGCACCAGUGGCGCAGGCGGAUGAACGACAGAGCAUUAGGCAGCCGCGGAAGCUCUCGGCGCUCCAAGACAUCGAUGUCAUGACAGCUGACAACACUAAGGCAACAAGGAGCUACAUCGUUUCCUACCAGGGGCUGGAGCAUCGCAGCGGAGUUGCUUCUCAGCAAGCUCCAGCAAGCAAGCAAAAAGCCACGGCUGCCGCGUUCUCAAUGUUUCAGCUUGAAGAGAAGGAAACCGACUACGCUAUCCGAUGGGUGCAGCGGCGGAAGACGAAGAGUCAUUCGAAAGGAAAGCGCUUGCACCCUGCCGAGCAGGAGAAGCUGACCGUGCCAGAAACCUCCGCUAGCUGAAGCUUGCAUCUUUAGGCAGCUCGAUUUGAUUAAGCGCCGAUUGUUACAA